AUGAUGCUGUCGAAGAUGUCUCCAUUGCUGUCGAAUGACAUCUCGGUUCCAUUGCUGCCGGAUGACAUUAUAACAGACAUUCUUUCCCGAUUGCCUGUUAAGUCUCUUCUCCGUUCAAAGUGUGUAUCUAAAUUUUUUCUUGCCCUAAUUAGUAGCUCAUAUUUUAUCAAAAUGCAUUUGAACCGAUCUGUUCAAACCAAGGACAACCUUUGUCUCUUAAUGUGGGAUGACUAUCUUUACCAUUUGAAUUUUGAUUCCAUCGAUGACCACGAUCUUCCUCCGACUGAAGUCGAUUACAGUCCCUUGAGGUUUAAGGAUGGGGCCAUACUCUGGGGCACCAGUAAUGGAUUGGUCUGCAUGUCAAAUUCCCUUGACACUGUCUAUGUAUGGAAUCCAUCCACUAGGAAGUCUAUACAACUGCCUUUCUCACCACUUGAGAGGUCAAAAAUGUCACAACCGCUUUCCUUUUACCAAGAACGUUAUUUCCAAGAACGUGCUUAUGGUUUUGGUUAUGAUGAAAUCAAUGAUGACUACAAGGUGGUGAGAAUUGUGGUGCUUAAAAGGGAUUUUAGUGGAGAUCCCAUCGAUUAUGAGAUUAAGGUUUAUAGUUUGAAAACUAAUUCGUGGCAUAUGGCGGAUAAGUUUGGAUACUGUCCAAUCUUGUGCAGAACUAGAGACUCAAUAGCGGGUGGAGCAAUGCACUGGAUCUCAACCGUGGCGGAAUCAAAAUCGGAAUCCGAAAGACUGCUCGUUGCCUUUGACAUCAGCACUGAAAAAUACAGAAUAAUUCCACAGCCAAAGUACAACCAUGGUGCUCAUUUCUGUUUAUAUUUGGAUACUUUAGGAGAGUGUCUUUCUUUAAGUUGUCAUUACUACUCAUUAACUGUGGAGGUGUUUGUGCUGAAGGAAUAUGGUAGGAAGAAUGAACACUGGUCUAAGAUAAUUACACUAUCACCACCAAAUUUUUCUGACCCUUUCCACACUGUGAAAACUAUUUCUUAUUCAAAAUGUGGUAAGAAAGUACUCUUAGAUGUUGAUUUUAAGAGUCUGGUUUGGUAUAAUUUAGAACAGGGGGUAGUUGAGGGUACUAGGGUUCAUGGUACAGAACAAUAUUUUGAAGUAGACACUUGCUUUGAAAGUCUAGUCUCCUUCAAUGUUCCAGCAGAUGUAACCAUAACCAGUGCUAAGAAUCCUAAGAAAGAAGAUCCAACUAAUAUGAAAAAAUUUCUGUCAAAGGGUUUCAAGUUGGUUCUAUAA